AAAAAAAAAAAAAACAGAACUCUUUUUCACUGUUGUUAAAAAGUAAAUAAAUAGCGUUACUUGUACUCUGAACCGCUUUUGCCUCAUCCACUUCUCAUAUAAAGCUUUUCUACCAUUUUCCACAUUUCCACACAAGGAGAAAAAUGGCUCUUUUAUCCACUCCAUUCCUCGUCAACAAUCUUUCUCAUCCGGCAAAAUCUUUCACCAACAACAGUAAGGCGGGUAAAGUCGGGUGCAAUUCGCUGAGAAUUACCUGCAGGAAGAAAGACAUUCACCCGGAAUACUAUGAGGAUGCAAAAGUUUAUUGCAAUGGUGAACUGGUGAUGACUACUGGUGGGACCAAGAAAGAGUAUGUGGUUGAUGUCUGGUCAGGGAAUCACCCUUUCUACCUGGGCAGCCGCUCACAACUCCUUGUUGAUGCUGAUCAAGUUGAGAAAUUCCGUAAAAGGUUUGGUGAGCUUUCACAGAUUAUGGAGGUCCCUGUUCUUAAGGGAGAGAUUGUUCUUCCUCCUAAGAAAAAGGCACCUAAAAAGAAGAAGUAAUCCUUUAGUCCUGUUUAGCGAGAAUUGAUUUUUCUAUUUCCUACAUUUUUAUUAUUUUUUUGAAUUGUUGGAAUGUAAUUGUCCGGAAUGCCUUGAGAAUGAAAUAGAAUCGGUUUUACUGCUAAGCGUUUCGGUAGUUUACAGAUGGAGAAUGUUAUGAAAAUUUAUAUCUUUUGCAUGCAUAAAAAGCACAAGCUUGAUAUAGCUUAAUUUUUUGGGGGGUAAAAUCAAGCCUGAGUAGAACAGAGAAGUCAUUUGCUGGACUUCUUUAGGUGGAGAUAGGGCAUGUUCCUAAAGAAAUGGUGACUUGGUGAAAUGACAUUGUCGUUACUACUUCUGUUAUCCUUAUUUUUGUAUUCUUUUGUUUUCGCCCCUUUUUAUUUUAGUAUGUUAUGAGUUAGUUUUGGUCAUUUAAUAAUUGGUAGAAGAGCUGAUAAACUUUAGCUGAUUCAUACGGCUUUUUG